CGGGGGGGUGUUGCUAGGGGCAACCGCGUCUCCCCGGAGCUCGUCUUGAUCUCUGGCUGCAGCCGAGCAGAGAGAAAGAAGACUUUACUGAGAGAAACGAGUUUAAAACGUCUUCCUCCUGUGCCGGUGUAACAGAGAUGACUGACAUCCUGCGGCUGGUGUCAGAAGCAGACGGACGGACUGACGGACCGACUCUCUCCCAGCUCUCUGGAAACGAUAUUAACUGUAUUUGGGCUGAUGUAUCCUCCUACAUUGAACGUCAGAUGACCUUACAGAAGGGGGUCCACCUGGCAGGACUGGGGACCUUCACCUUCUCUCAGCAGAAGUUGGACGUAGGAAACAGGUUCACGAUGAUCCAACGACCCAUCUUCCUCCUGGCUGGGAAACUAGUGCAGUCUCUGGGUUUAAAGCAGGUCCGGCCACUGGCUGCAGCAACACACCUACCAGUGGUGCAACUGAACUUUGCAGCUGUGUCACAAGAGACUCCUUUCAGUCGAGACGUUGUGGAGGGCUGCAUUAGAGAAACUCUUCUUCUCCUCUUCAGAGCUUUGGCCUCUGAACAAAACAUAUUCCUCACCUUCCAGGGAAUUGGAAUUUUGUCCUUCAAGAACAAUAAGGUGCGGAUGAAGUUCAACAGAGAUUUUAUUAAUGCCAUGGAUGGAACUGGUCGGCUGCUUUUAGCCUUUAACAACAGACCUGGGAGCAGUAUCUCUUUACUGUCUGGUGGCCUGUCCAGGCUUCAGAGGCCACAGACUGCCAACCCCGUCACCCUGCCAACUGUCUGCUCUCCUCAGCCACCAGACAACAAAGCUGGGGACAAAGAUCUAUGGUGCUUGUCACCAGCUCCAGACCAGAGGAAUGCAGGAGAAGUUCCCCAACAGAGAGAAUCUAAAUCCAAUCAGCCACUGCAGCCUGCCAAGAUGAAAGCUGUCAGCCAGUCUGAAGAACUGAAUCCAAAACCCCCCAUGGAGGCCACAGACAAGCCCACCAUCACCAUCACCAUCACACCACCAGAGGUCACUCCCAAACUGGCGGAACCUCGUGUGACCGUUAGCUGCUCUGGCCAUACUCGUGCUGGACAGGAGCUGUGCUACCUGUGUAUGCAGCGGGCCCAAAGAAAUGUUCCAGUCUACCUGAGGGAGCAGCAGCAGGCAGAGGAGAAAGCUCAGGAGAAACUUUUACUGCUUAAAGAACAACAGAAAGACAAGCAGUACAUGGACAAAGAACAGGAGAAGCUGAGUGAGCAACGUGAGCAUGCAAAGCAGGUUGCAACAUUCAACCUGCAAAUGUCAGAGAAGAAAGAGAAGACCUACUGCCCUCUCUUCCCCACUUCAUUCGUUUUCCCGGCUCGGCCCUUCACUCCUGUCAGGAGGAUCCAACAGAAUCGUUACAUGAACGAGCUUCAGAGCCAGAUUGAGACCCGGCGGCAACGUGAGGCUCUAGACCAGCAGAACCGUCUUCUCAUGGAGCGUCUAGACCAGGUCCAGCUGGUCCAGGAGAUAGCUUUGCAGAAGGCUCAGAAGCUCAAGCAGAAACACGAGAGGACUACGCAUUACAAGAGGGCUCUGGACACCCAGGUGGGAGAUAAGAAGUGCACAGAUCCUCCAGAGUGCCAGGCUGACAACUCCGGGUUCAACCGCUGUGAGACAGCAGCCAGCAACGCAGCAGGCCGAGAGAGGGCACAGAAGCUCCUCCGGGUAAAUUUCAGUGUUGCCACUCAGAGGAAGAAGGAGGAUUUGCACAACCGCCAAGAACAGCUGGAGAAAGAGAGAGAAGUUCUCAAACACAACAAAAUGGAGUUAAUAUUGGACCGCAUUAAUCGCUUUGAGAAGAAGCAGGACAUCAGUAAGUCACUAGAGGACGAGUGGAGUCGCAGCGCGAAGCUCAAACACCACCGAGAGGAAGAGGAGAGGCGCUUCCUGAGGUCUGCUGGUGAGCUCCUGGUAGAUAAGCUUGUACAGUACAGGCGCUGCUGCCAGUGUAAGAGGAGGACCACUAACUUUGGAGAGACCAACAUCUGGAAAGACUCUCAUUACCUCUCUGGCUCACAGUUCAUGAUCUGAUGAACAUAAUAGCCUACAGAGGCACAUCAAUACCUCAGAGCCUAAACAAGACCUCAACCCUUGUAACUCAUCAUCACUAAAGAUUGAACUAAUAAGUUAAGCAUAUGUAAAGCAUACUUGGAUGUUUUGGUCGUCUGUGUUAAUGUGAGAUAUAUUCUUUCUCCUUUCCUAAAUUAGAGUUCAUGUUUGUAGAGCUUUUAUUUUUCCUAGAAUACGUUUGUUUUGGGUAUUUAUAUUCAGUUCAGUUCAAAGAUUUGUGACUAUAUAGCUAGUUCACCUUUUCCCCAAGUUGUUCAAAUGCCCUUCAUCAGUAAACUGUUCAUAAAGCUGCACCGUUCAGUGCU